AAAAUUAAUAAUAUAUAUUGCCCAAUUUUACAGUCUACCAUGGGGGAACCACGCUAUAGAAUUUGCUGGUUAUACUAUGAAAAAUUCGCCACAUGGUUCCCAAAGCUAGCAAUCAUUCGUUCUGUCUGUCCCCGCACGACCUCCUGAUCGCAAAACGUUGUGUCGCCACUCAAAAGAGCCACCACCCUCUACACCCUAUUAUCUACCACCAUCAAAUCAUCCUCACGCCAUGCCCUCGCCGAAACAGCUUCUCCAUGCUUUUGCGAUGGCUCUGAUGGCACUUCUGGUGGUUUUCUCUAUCAUCUUCACCCACAUCUUGGUCAAACUUUUUCUCCGCGACAACGCGCUGCUCCAGAAACUGGUGUUCGAUUUUACUAGAAAGACGUUUAUUAUGGGUCUCACGGCGAUGUUUGCCAUUUUUGCUCCCACUAGCUUCCACGUAACUACUGAUGCCUCCGUGCCUGCCAAAAGUUUUGUGGAGGACGCGGAUGUGCCUGGGUUCGUCCGCGCAUUCUUCAUUGACAACUCGGUGCUCAUUGGAAACCACCAGAUCUACACGGACUGGAUCUUUUUGUGGUACCUCACAUAUAUCGGAAAUGUUGCCACUGAUAUCCACAUACUCAUGAAGGACUCAAUCCUGAAGAUCCCGGUUAUCGGCUGGGGAAUGGGCAAUUUCCGCUGGAUUUACAUGUCGCGCAAAUGGGAAACCGAUAAGACCAACAUGUCGAACCGGCUCCUGGAAAUGGACGCCAAUGCACGCGGCUGGGGCCCUGCCCAGGGUGUUAAACCCGUGUAUUCGCCGGAUGCACUCAUCAAAUGGCCCCCGGGAUUCGCCAAAAACACUCAGCGUUUUCCUUACAUGUUUCUCAUGUAUCCAGAGGGCACCAACAUUUCGGAAAACACGCAGCCACGGUCAGACGCGUAUAUCGCCAAGACUGGCCAGAAACCGUUGAAGCACGUGUUGAUGCCACGUGUCACGGGGUUGUACCAUUGUUUGCGCGAGUUGCGCAAGACCGCAACGGUCGUGUACGACAUCACUGCGGGCUAUUCAGGUGUCAAAGCCGGCCAGUACCCCCAGGAUGUGUACUCCUUGACCAACGUUGUCUACGACGGGAAGAACCCGGCGGUUGUUUCGUUGCACAUUAGAUCCUACCGCCUCGAGGAUAUUCCGAUGCUGACCCAGGAUCACCAGACUGCGGCCGAAGAGGCAGCACUGUUGAAAGAGUUCGAAGCGUGGUUGUUCAAGAUCUGGUACGAGAAGGAUGCUUUGAUGGAUUAUUACUACCAGCACGGCACGUUUGUGCAGGAGGGCGAGACGAUUACAAACAAUGUGACGUUUCCGUUAAAGUUGCGCAGAGCAUGGGACAUCUGGUAUGUGUACGUGGUGCCAUUAACUUUUGUGAUUGCAGCUCGGGCUGUGUUCCAACUUGGAGGGAAGGUAGCGUCUCUAUUUGUAUAGAAAGGACGAUUUCAAGGCUGAAAGGCACCUGGUGGGCAUGUUUUGUACUCCUAGCUUUAGGUAUGGUGAUUCUAAUGAAUAAUUCUGGCUCUGAAUUUGAUUUUAGAUGGUAGUUCUAAUGUAUGUUAGAGCCCCUCGAAUUAAGGAGAAAUUUCUAGUGAAACCUGAGUUGUAAAGCAUGGUCUGACUCACAGCGAAUCCGAAUGCUUGAACGAUAUGACAUGGUUGGAUCAGACGCGGUGCAAAUUUUUGGGGAUUGUUAGAUAAAGC